UGGCUAAGCUUUCGAUAGUACCUGGACCGGGGCAAACAAAAUUCGAAAGAUAAAGGCACUGGAAACCCCUUACUUGGGCAAACUACUUCUACGUUGUGACACAUUCAUCUGUGGCCUUCCUGUGAAAUGCCCAGGGCUAUGGAUCGGCACAAAGUCUCGGUUACUAAAGAACAAGUGACAGAGCAUUCGGCAGGAGAUCUUUCGCCAGGCAGUAACAACACAACCAUGAGGCCGUACAUGGACAGCUCGCGAUCAUCACAAACUGAGCCAACGAAAUUGAUUGAGGCAGAUCGCUUGAAGUCUGUUCUGCAAAAGUGCAUCAAGUCUACACAACGACUACGGCCGCGAAAGCCAUCACUCCUCGGAGAGCUUCUCGUCUUGGGAGUGGCAGCAACUAUCGCAUGUUCUAUUCUCAUCACUCUAUUAUAUGUCUUCGUAUUUGUUCUACAGCCUCAAGCUAUGAGUGACGCGGCUUCCCAAAACUUCAUUUCCAACAACCCGAUCACAACGAAUGGUCAGCCAGUUGAUGGUCUUUCAAGAUGGCUGGAGGACUUUUCACGUUCAGUCAUCCCAAUCAUGUGUCAUUCUCACAAUGAUUACUGGAGGCCGUACCCCCUUUACUCCGCCCUCGCAGCAGGCUGUACCGGUGUGGAAGCGGACAUCUGGCUGAGCGACGAUGGUUCCGACUUGCUUAUUGGCCAUGACAGACACGAACUGUCCCCUAAGAAAACUUUGCGAUCCAUGUACCUUGAUCCCUUGAUGAAGAUUCUCGAUACCAUGAAUCCUCCAGAGCAAUGGUCGAACUUCAGCCGAACAGAUCGCCCGCAGGGUGCAUUCCGAAGUCAACCGAACAUCACGGUAGUCCUGCUCCUGGAUGUCAAGAGUGAUCCGUAUAAGACGUGGCCAGUGGUGAUGGAGCAGCUUGGACCGCUUCGAGAAAAGCUCUUCCUCACACGCUACGAGGUAGUAAAUACCGAGCCAGGCUUCAGACUCCGGCAAGACAUGUGGCCAGGUCCCGUGACCAUCGUGGGCACGGGCAAUAUCAUGGAAGAUCGCAUGAUAAACCACUGGCCAACGAAUGAGCUCUAUCAACAGUAUCACGACACCUUCCUCGACGCGCCGUUGGAUCAACUUCCCGAGGACAAUUGGCGCCAGUACAAUGACCAUGGCUACUUUGCCUCUCAGCUGUGGCAUGAGAAAGACAUCUAUUACACAUCCGCCUCUUUCCAACAAAGUAUCGGAUCAGUCCGCACCGGCUUCAGUGCCGAGCAACUUGCAAAGCUACGGAAGCAGAUCAGUACUGCAAAGUGGUCAGGUCUCAAAUCGCGAUAUUGGGAUCUGCCCAGUUGGCCAAUUUCUCACCGCGAUUACGUCUGGGAAGUGUUGACAAGAGAGGGAGUCGACAUGUUGAAUGUCGACGACUUGCAGAGCGCAGCGAGAAGAGGUUGGACAAAGAGCUACGUGCAAAGCGUGAUAUGGAUGGCUUUGACUUCGUCUCUAAUCUUUUUCACUGUUAUUGCGAUGACGUGGUCUGGAUUCCGGGCCAUCAAAAAGCAUAUGAAGGGUCUUCGAUCUCAAGGUAUCGUGCUGGCAUAGGGUAGAAUGGCACGUUAACGGAAAGUAUCAGACUGACUAUCCCACGUCUGUUUCUUCAUUCUUUAGUAGAUGAAUGCUGUCGUCGGGAAUACCGGAUAGCCCGGGUUUACAUGUCGCGAAUCCACUAGUCAAGCACUUCCAUCUGGCGUAUCAAGAAUGAUGCUUAUACCGCCACGAGGACGCCAGGGUCAGGCACCACGCAUAACAACACUUGGGAACCCAU